AUGUCUGGCCAGCAGGCGGAGAUGGCCAUCGAGCUCAGAGAUGUGCUGGGGCUCACCCACCACGACACCAUGCAGGCAGUGCACGUCCUGAAGAACGGCAGCCCGGAGCUUCUGAAAGCCGCGCGGGCGGUGAUCAGGGGCGAGGUGGUGCCGAUUCUGGACAUCCCUUCUGCCCAGCCUGAAGUGAAGCGGGCGCGCGGCAAGGAGGAGGCGGACGACAGGGGGAAGAAGCCCAGGACGGGCGUGCUCCUGUCGGCCUCGUCCUUCCUGCAGGCCGCGGCGCUGGAGUCGGAUACUGGCACGUCGUUGCUGGUGCCCCGGGGCCGCCCGGACGCGGUGCUGCGGCCCCUGCUGCCGCUGCUCGAUUUGAGGCAGCGCUACAUGACUCGGGCUUGCAGCCGAACUGUCCACGAGCUUGUGGACUUAGAGGCCCGGCGCCAGUGCCGAGACUUCAUCUUCGACGCAGGGCUCUUCAUGUGGGACACCGGACGAGGCCGCUUGAAGCCGCAGACCCUCACCCUGCGCCUCGCGAGCUUUGUGGCUUCGCAUCGGGAUGCCAUCUAUCACUUGGAUCUGGGUGCGGCCCCCACGCAAAUGCUCCAGGAUGAGCGGGUGCAGCCGCUUGUCAGAAGUUGGAAGCAGCUCGCAGGGUAG